AUGACGAUCAAGCACAACAACCAAAUCCAAAAGAACCACUUCCGCAAGGACUGGGAGCGUCGUGUGCGCGUGCACUUCGACCAGCCCGGCCGGAAGCACCGUCGUCGUGAGGCCCGUCUCGCCAAGGCGGCCGCUGUUGCCCCCCGUCCGGUGGACAAGCUGCGUCCCGUUGUGCACUGCCCGACUGUCAAGUACAACCGCCGUGUCCGUGCCGGUCGUGGUUUCACCCUGGCUGAGCUGAAGGAGGCUGGCAUCCCCAAGAAGCUUGCUCCCACUGUCGGCAUCUCGGUUGACCACCGCCGCACCAACUACUCGAAGGAGUCGCUGGUCGCCAACGUCGCUCGCCUCAAGGACUACAAGGCCCGCCUGAUCCUCUUCCCCCGCAAGAGCGGUCAGUUCAAGAAGCUCGACUCCUCCGCUGAGGACGUCAAGGCCGUCAAGGCCGCUCUCGCCGACGGCAAGCGUGAGGGCAUCGCCACCCGUGUCGGUGCUACCUUCCCCAUCAACAACCUCUCCCCCGAGGAGGCCGUCACCGAGGUCAAGCGCGACUCGCUGCCCAAGGGCGAGGAGGCUGCCUACCGCCGUCUGCGCGACGCCCGCUCCGAGGCUCGCCACCGUGGUAUCCGUGAGAAGCGCGCCCGGGCCAAGGCUGAGGAGGCGGAGGCCAAGAAAUAA